CAGCUUACAGGACCACCGCAGAGAGAGCUAAAUGGCAAGCGUACAAGCUGUGGGUGUGAUAUUGAGUGAGAAUCGCCUAAUGUUAUUAUGAGUUCACUGUUUCAUCGAAACAUGCACAGACGACCACCUGAAGAAGAUAGUGAUUUGUCCACCGACGAAGAUCCACUUUUCCAACAAGAUCUUGGUGGCCAAACUAGAAUAAACGUAAUAAGGAAUAUCAACACCUAUGCGAGAACAAAGACUUUGGCCCAAGGAUUCCUUGACAUGGCUCUCUUCACUGCGAACGCUUCCCAAAUGAAACAUCUUCUGCAGCAGGGAUCGGACACCCAGUUUUAUUAUUUCCUAUUCUCUCUGCUGUGUAUUUCAGUCAUCCUGCAACUUAUAGUGGCAGCUCUGCUGAUCUACAAAGCAUCCAAGAACAUUGAGUGCGAUGAUCCCGAGCGCAGACUUAGUGACAGAGUACACCUGCUGAAUAACAUUGUGACUGGGCUAAUUCUGGUUAUUACGGCUGUCAAUGUAUUCAUCACCGCAUUCUGGUUCUCUCCACUCCACUCGACCCCUGAAGACCAGAACUUUCUUGUGGCCAAAGCUACCGAAGAGUGUUAACAAGUUCCAUUUUCUACAAAAACUCCUGUUAAGACAGACAUGUUCCAAACAACACGAAGCACAAUUAUACGGUGCAAGCCGACGAGAGUUCAAGCCACUUUCUCCAAAGAGGAUUACCUUUUUUUCAUGUAGGUGUCAAAGGAACAAGCUGUCUGCAGUAAAACAAGACUUGACAUUUGCUGUGCUGUGUGUGUGUGUGUGUUUUUUU